AUGCCAUUGAAUUCAUUCAAAUCUAAGGAUAUCAAUGCAAAACCGAAUCGUCGUGACUCUCACGAAUCAACAACUAGACGUGUUGGAGUUAAUCCAACAUUAUGUAGAUACGGCGGUGAUUGUCGCACAAAGGGUUGUACAUUUACACAUGUGAACCCACCGAAAGAUGGAACGACGAAAACGUCUGAUUGCAAAUAUGAUGUAAAUUGUACUCGACUUGGUUGCCAUUUCAAUCAUCCUAAUGGUAGAUUAAUUGAUCAGAAAAUGGUUUCUUUACCUGACGCUAAUCAACAAAACACUGCGUCUAGCCGUGUUGUUUCCCAGUCACCUCACUUAGAAAAACGCGCUCACCAACGUCAUCAACAACUAUCCGAGAGUGAACUUAUUGAAAUCAUCGAUCAAUUUCUAUCAAAAGUAGAAGAAUUCGACACUAAUGAUCAAGAAUCCAACAAUAGUGAUAAUGAACAAGUACUUGACAUUCUUGAACAGAAUGCACUACAAGAAUUAAGAUUACAAAAAUUUGAAUUUCAGUCAGCCAUCAACCAUCUAACUGCAGAAUAUAACUCCAUUCUUUCAUCGACAACGGAUAAAAAAUAUAAUUUACUACAACUUCGACGUAUAAAACAAAAACUGGAACGUGAAUUAAAGCAUUGGGAAUCACGUCUUCCUAUUUAUGCAAGACGCUCUGAUAUUAUUGAAAAAUUGGAAAAAAAUCAAGUUUUGAUUCUAAAAGCUGAUACAGGCUCAGGAAAGAGUACACAAACAGUUCAGUACAUAUGUGAUGCACAUUUCAUUGACGAAAAACAAAUCAUAUGUACUCAACCACGUAAAUUAGCAGCACGAUCUCUAGCAGCUCGGGUAGCCGAAGAAUAUGGAUGUGAGAUUGGUGAAGAAGUUGGUUUUCAAGUAGGUGGCGGCCGGCCUACAACUUCACAUAGUACUAAAAUAAAAUUUGUCACUGAUACACUCUUUCUCAAUGAAUUUCAACACAGUCCAAUGUUACCACAGUAUUCAAUCGUCAUAGUGGAUGAGGCACACGAACGAAAAAUCGAUACAGAUAUAGUAUUUGGAUUGAUGAAGCAAUGUUUGAGAAAAAGAAAAGAUUUAAAGCUUAUUGUCAUGUCAGCUACAUUAGAUAUAGAUUUACUUUAUAACUACUUUGCGUCUGAUUUUAAAUGUGAUAUAUUAGAAGUUGGUGGUCGAACCUAUCCAAUCGAAGAUUUCUAUCUUGAUGAUGAUGUUGAGAAUUAUGUUCAAACAUCAGUUGCAAAAGCUGUUGAAAUACACCAAAGUGAUGAAAUUGGUGAUAUUUUGGUAUUUUUAACUGGUCCCGAUGAAAUUGAUUUAGCGUUAGCUGAUUUACAUAAGAAAUUAGAAAAUGACAAAUCAUACAUAGGUAUGCCAUUGCAUGGAAAAUUGUCCGAAGAAGAAAAUGCACAAAUAUUUAAAAAGAUGCCAAAUAAACGUAAAAUUAUUUUCAGUACAAAUGUUGCAGAAACAUCUGUUACUAUUGAUGGAAUUAAACAUGUAAUCGAAAGUGGAAUGGUAAAAGAGAAAAUGUGGGAUGACAAGAGAAAGAUGCAAGUAUUAAAGAUCGGACAAAUUACGAAAAGUUCAGUUAAACAACGACGUGGAAGAGCUGGAAGAACAUCAGCUGGAAAGUGCUAUCAUUUAUAUACAAUUGAAACUUACGAGGCAAUGGACGCUUGUUCACGUGCAGAAAUUCUUUGUACUCAGCCAACAAUUGCCAUACUGAAAUUGAAGCAUUUAAACAUUGAUAAUAUAGAACUAUUUGAAUGGCUGCAAUCUCCACCUGCUUCUAGUUUACAUGAAGCCUAUCAGAUUCUGAUGUGGCUGAAUGCACUAGAUUCACAAGGAAAACUGACACAACUUGGCCGAACUAUGGCUCGUCUUGAUAUAGAUCCAAAAUUAACAGCUAUGUUAUAUAAGGGAAAAGAGCUGAAGUGUCUAUCCUACGCAUUAAUUCUCGCAGGUAUGCUAACUGUAUCACAGAGUAUCUGGUGGAGUAGUAAAGAUCAAGAAUCAAAGGACAUGGCUUCACGAGCACGUGCUGAAUUUAGUCAUAAAACUGGGGAUCACAUUACGUUGAUUAAUGUAUAUUUAAAAUGGAAUGCAUUUUGUGCCAAUAACGAAAAUAAAAAACAACAAUAUGGUUGGUGUAAAAGUCACUCGGUUAAUGGAAAAUUAUUACAGGUGGUUCAAGACUUUAUUAAAGAAAAAGCCAAACAAAUGGAAUAUGAAGUAAAAAUUCCUAAUAGUGAAGAAUUAGAUGGCCAUGUAAUUGAUUGUCUCUUACAAUGUAUAACAGCUGGUCAUUUUAUGAACUUAGCCAUAUCACAUGGGCCAUUAAGAGCUGGCUAUAAGGUUAUUUCUGCUUUCUCGCAAAUGACUACUGAACCAGUGACAGCACGUGUAUUUCGUACAUCAACUCUAUGUUUAAAUGACCAAAUGCCAAAAUAUGUUUUUUUUAAUGAAUUACUAAGUCUCAAUGGAACUAAUUAUAUAACAGUAUUGUCUUCCAUUGAUCUUGGCUGUCUCGAAUCUGUUUCACAACAAUGGUAUGCAGCUGUGAAUGGAACUAGUUUACAUACAAUUGCUUUUGAAAGCUUUUCCUUUGGAAAUAUUGGAGCAAUCCUACUACGAGCUGUUGUUGGAAAACGUAAUUGUAAUUUGAAUAAGCUCGAAGAAACAACUCAAACUAUAGUUGAUGUCGAUUAUAAACAAUCAAGAUUAACAAUAUGGUCACGUAAAGCUGAUUUAGAAAAGGCGAAAAAAAUCGUUGAAGAUAUGAUUCAAAAAGAAAAAGAAAAAUUACUAGUAGAAGCAGAAGAAAUACAGAUUGUAGGUAGAACCCGAAUUCUGAUGAGCGCAGGAGGUAUUAGUCAAAUGAUUCUACUUGAAAGUGAUUAUAUUAGAAUCAUACUGACAAAGUUGCCGACAACAAUAACGGAAGAGAGAAUUCGAGAUUUAUGUGAAACAUUUGGGCAAAUUCGUAGAAUUGAUUUCAUUCGACAAAAUGAAAACAGCUCGUCUGUGGCAGUGACAUAUUCAACUGUCGAACAAGCACGUUUCGCUUUUUGUGAAUUGAAUGGCUAUAUUGAGCAGGGUCGUGAGAUUUCUGUUAGUGAUUCCUGUUUGAAAACUGAAGCAGUCAUAAGUAAACAAAACUGUCGCCUCAAAGCUAUAUGGUAUCUAACAAAAUCGACCGGGAACGGAAAGAUUAUUUUUCGACAAGAAAAAAGUGCACUCAAAGCAUACGAACUAUUGCAAAGUUUGAAUUAUCAAUGUCAUUAUCAACGUUCAAAUGAUCUACCCACAAUGAAAGUGGUUUACUAUCUUAGUAAACAUAACAGAAAGGCUUUUAUUAAUUUUGAAUCACUUCAACAAGCACAUGAAGCCGUCCUAAAAAUGAAUAAUCCACAGACAAUAACACUUGCACAAAAUAAACAGAAUCGCACAGGGUCAGUUCUGUUUCAAGGCUUUCCAGAAGAUACUGACGAAGAAGAUGUUCGCAGCUACUUUCAAGGCUGUAAUGGUCUCACUGAUGUACAGAUUUUACGUGGAAGAAAAGGUCAAAUAUUUAAAAAGCCCGAAUCUGCUGCAGAUGAUAUCAAAGCAAUAUUUAAUCGCUAUACUUCAUUUCAACGUGAUACAAUAACAUUUAAUCCAAAGGUAUUUAAUGGUAAACUUGAAGCUUCUGUUGAAUUUUUGGAUAUGACAGAAUUAACACAAGCAAUCGAAGAAAUGAAUGGUAAAACAGGCUUUAUCGGUUGUGGUAAAGUAAGAUUAUCGGAACGAGUCCAAAAAAACAAAAAUGACGCAAAUAAGAAGAAAGAAGAUGAAUAUGUUAUUCAAUUGCAACGUCUUCAUAAAUCUUUGGAUAAAUAUCAUUUGAUUAAUAUUUUAAAAGAAAGUCAAUUGUAUGAUGACGUUAAAAAUGUUAUAAUUUAUCGUGAAAAAUUAGAAAAUAGGAAUCCUACAACUAAGAGAACAGAUGUUGCUUUGAAAGAAGAAGAAGAUAUUGGCUUAAUCGGUCUUCGUUCAAUGUUUCUUAGUACAAAAGAUUUAUUUCGUUCGGUACCUGAUUGUCAAAUACCAUCAAGUACACCAGAUGGAACAGUUACAGCGCUUGUUCUUUUUAAUGAUCCUAUUGAUAUUACAACAGCUAUAAAAACCUAUGAUAAUCAAGUAAUUCAACUGUUUAAAGGUUCAAGUAACCUCCGCCUAAUUCCAUCAAUUGCACAUGAAAUAUUUAUUAAUGCAGCUUUGACAAAAGCUAUUCCUGAUAAAAUUAAACAAGCAAUUCAAUAUAUUCGUGAGAAAUAUAAGCGAGUUUAUAUAAAAGCUGUACAUUCAGAAAAACCAGGGAAAGCAACUACAAUGAAAAUAUUUAUCGAUGGCGAUGAUAUACAACAUAUAACAGUUGCAAAAAUUACAUUUGAUACAUUGAUGAAAGGAAUGGAAUAUAGAUUCGAAGAUGAUUCAGAGAAAACGAGAAUCAUCUUUGAUCGUGUUGGUACGAAAUUAUUGCAACAAAUUCAAAAUGAAACUGGCACUUACAUUUGGUGGAACUAUUCAAGUUCUUUUGUACGUAUUUACGGCAGUGAUCAAGCAUCAGAAGAAGCUAGAAAACGUAUAGAUGAAUAUAUUCGAGAUACUUUGAGCAGUAAAAACUCUACAAUUAUCUUAGACAUUCCAUCUGGUUAUAUACGUCAAGUGUUAAAAAUGAGUGUAACUUAUUGGGACGUGUUUGCAAAAGAAUUUAAUGUUGAAAUUAGUACCAUGGUUGCUAAACGUCAAGUACGAGUUGUGGGUAAAGAACAGGAUGUCGCAAAAUGUGAAGAAGCUAUUAAGCAGAGUUGGUCAACAAUCAUUGUAGAACAGCAGGCAUUAUCUAAAUUACUUACAGUGGCAGCUGACGUUGAAUGUCAGAUUUGUUAUGAGUUGGCCAAUUAUUUUUUACAAGCUUGUGGGCAUGCCUUUUGCUUAAAUUGUCUUAAGAUGCAACUAUCAACAAAAUUUGAUACAACAUUAACUAAUCAGAGUCUUAAUAUUAAAUGUAUGAUUUCAACAUGUGAUUCACCACUUUUAUUACGUGAUAUUAAAACAAUAAUUGAUCCAAAAAAUAUACCAAAAUUAGCACGGGCAUCACUGGAAGCUUACUUGAAAGCAGAUAAAGAUAUACAACAAUGUAUGGGUAUUGAUUGUAAACAAGUUUAUCGUAAAUCUCAACAUCCACAAUCAUACUUCUGUGAUGUAUGUCUAAAAACCUACUGCGUUAAAUGUGAAGUUGAAUAUCAUCUGGGUACUACAUGUGAUCAAUAUCAAGCACUGUUAAAAUUGAAGCCAGAAGACAGAUUAGCGGCAUAUAAUAUAGGUAAACCUGCAUUUCUAGAAGUUGAAAAAAAAGCUUAUUCUAUCUUAACAUUGUAA